AUGAGACAAUUGUCGGAUGAAGAAAAGCGAAAAAGCACCAUUUCAAGAACAUCGGGAGUGACCGCGGAUGGAAAACAGGAAGAGUCUAGCUUGGGUCUUGCAGAGGAGGAAGUGGUGAUAUCGGAUGAACCGAAAGCGUCGGUUGGUAAAGCCAUGUUCAUGUUUCUCAAGGCAUUUCUGGGUUCCGGUGUGCUUUUCCUGCCUAAAGCUUUCGAUAACGGUGGUUUAGCCUUAUCCAUUGUGCUGAUGGUCGUGAUUGCUGUUAUUUGUUUGUUCGCUUUCUUGCAAUUGGUCAAGGCGCAGCAAGUGGUGGGUGGUUCUUAUGGUGAUGUCGGUGGUGUCCUGUAUGGCUCCAUUCUCCGUUAUAUCGUGCUGUUCUUCAUCACUAUUUCCCAAAUCGGUUUCGUUUGUUCCUAUCUCAUCUUCAUUUCCGGCAAUCUUGUCAACGUCGCUGACGUAUUAUCACAUCAUCGAGCCACCAUUGAAGAAAAGUACUACAUCUGGAUGCCUUUAGUUAUCAUCAUCCCCAUGGCACUUAUCCGUCACAUUGCCCGCUUGUCGCUUGCCGCUAUUGUAGCCGACAUAUUUAUUCUUUUUGGCUUGAUCUCUAUUAUCUACUUUACCUCCUAUGACCUUCACAACUAUGGUAUCGGUCCAGGUAUCGCCGCCGUCAAUUCAGCCUCCUUUGGUAUGAUGAUUGGUACCGCAACGUUCUCAUUUGAAGGCAUUGGUCUUGUCAUUCCUAUUGUCGAAUCCAUGGAGCGACCUGAGCGCUACAAGUUUGUUAUCACUGUUGGCAUGCUUAUUGUCGCGGUUAUUUACAUUCUUAUUGGCACCCUGAGUUACUUGGCUUACGGCAAAAAUAUUCAAGCUGCUGUGAUUUACAAUUUCCCUGCGGAACACGGCUUGACAAUUGCUGUGGAUCUUUUGUAUUCGGUCGCCAUUAUCUUGACUGCCCCUCUCAUGUUGUUCCCUGCUUUGAAGAUUCUCGAACACGCUAUUUUCUACAAGUGCCGUUCUGGUCGUGACAGUUUAGCGGUCAAGUGGGGAAAGAACCUUUACCGAGCCAUUCUCGCUAUUGCUUGUGCGGGUAUUGCUUUUGGUGUCGGCGGUGACAAUCUUGACAAAUUCGUCUCUUUAAUCGGAUCCAUUGCCUGUGUGCCUCUCUGUUUCAUUUUCCCCGGUAUGUUCCAUUUCAAGAUCGCCAACAGCUGGAAAUCCAAAAUUGCCGAUAUUUGCUUGGUCAUUUGGGGUGUGGGUAUCAUGGUCUAUACUCUUUACGUCACUAUUGAUUCCUUUAUCCAUCCUCCUCCCGCAUAA